UGUUAGUUAGCCUGCUUGCAGUAGAUUGUACCGUUUAUGGUCAGACAAGAAUAUUUUACUGGCUAUAAUCAGACGUGUUUUUCACUACUGAUUCUUGCAUUUCUAUCGUAUUUUUGAUCACGUAAUUGAUCUGUAGAAGCAAAUAUUAUUACGUGAACUUUGAUACAAAGCAAAAUUUACUAUUACGUACUUAGAUAGAAAAUCUUCUACUUAAAUGAUUACAAUUUGUAAUAACAUUAAAAUUACUGUAGCCACAAAACAAUACAAACAUCAUAGAACAUCGAAACAAUAUUUUCUCUAAAAAUAGAGAUCCUGAGGCUCUUUUACCGGAAGUUAUACGUUCCUGGGUUCUCUUAUCAGAUCCAUCUAUGGGUAUAAAGCAGCUAGUACGAACGUAUACCCAUUCAAAUGACCAACGAGUAUCGCGCAACGAUGGUGAAACUACGUGUAUCUCCUGUAUUAAUAUUGUUCGCAAUUUGCGGUGUCAACUUGGUGGAACCAUUAGUAAAGGAAAGCUUGUCCAAAUUUUUAGGGUCCUUGGCGGGCGUUAAACAAGUGAGAAUUCCGGAAUUGUUAAACCAAUUGUGCAAUGAAUCGCAAGGCUCAGAUACAGUUCGUCGAGAUGCGUGUUACGGAUGCUUCUUCCGGGCCUCUAGUCAAACCGUUGGAUAUCCUUUAUUGGUGGCAAUGUCUAAUUGUGCUUAUAUUUAUCUCAAUAAUACCGAUUAUGGUCACUGUCAACAGUACUUGAGCAACGCUACUGGUACAGCAAAUUCAAGAACGAAUCCUACGACGAUAUACUGCACGUUCCUCGAGUGCGUUCGACAAGUGAACAAGGAUAAUUUACUCAGAGAAUGCGUCGGCGAAGCCAUACGAAUGUUCCCCAAUUUCAACCUCACAGAUGUCAAACUAGCUCAAUUAUACGUGAAUACCACUGCGUGUGUGCUGGCGAAAACUCGUUGCUCUCAAAUGAACCCAAUAACAGGGGAAUUUCAAGAAGACGAUCUCGCUAAUAAGCUGCAUAUACCUACGGUCAAUGCGUUGCUGGUCAACACGGAUUACAACAUGAACAUCGUGCAGCUGCCAUUUCAUUCCACUUCUAUCGACCUUUGCGCGAAAUAUAGGAACUACGAACAAGCCAGCUGGUCAAACGUCGUGUGCUGAUCGGAAAUUAUUCACCUAGCAUGCUCCAGAAACUUGAUGCUACCGUGACCAAUUUUAAUUUACGAUUAAAGAAAUUUACCACGAACAUUGUAAUCCAAUUCGAUUGAUAGAAACG